AUGGCAACUGGUUCAUCAGACAGCUUGUUGGAUUUAGAUAAUGAGUCCGAGCGGCACCGUAAUUGUUCUACCUGUUCUUCAAGUUGCAUUGGUUGUUGUCGAAAUUGUCGAGGUCCAAAAGUCUACCAUGCUCGUGUAGUUAAUGUUGGUAGACCAUCGAAGACUCAGAAAUUUCCUUCAAAUCGGAUCAAUAAUCAAAAGUAUAAUGUAAUAAGUUUCAUUCCUUGUCAAUUUAUUCCCGAACUUGGUGUGGGUCGUCUGUACACAUAUUGGGGGCCACUUGGUUUUGUGAUUGCAGUAACCAUGAUUCGAGAAGCGGUAGAUGACAUUGGAAGAUGGUCUCGUGAUCGCGAUGUCAAUAUGGCUAUCUAUGGAAAGUAUGUCCGCAACAAAGAAGUUUCCGUUAUGAGUUCAGAUAUCAAAGUUGGUGAUCUUAUUCGUUUAGAGAAGAAUCAACGAGUUCCAGCAGAUAUGAUCUUAAUAUGGACAUCAGAUCGAAAUGGUUCUUGUUUUAUACGGACAGAUCAACUUGACGGUGAGACUGACUGGAAAUUACGUUAUGCUAUACCAACUACACAUGCUUUUGUCAACCGUACUGGUCAUCCAAGUUCAUUGUGGGAUAUGGAAGCUCAAGUUUAUGCUGAAGCGCCGAGACAGAGUAUACAUAAUUUCGAAGGAACGUUCGUUCGUACAGAUGUCAAUCCUACUUCACCAACAGAUUCUGAAGCAUCAGAAGUUUCAUUAAAUAUUGAUCACACACUCUGGUCCAACACUGUACUAGCUACUGGAAGUGCUAUUGGCUUGGUCAUAUACACAGGAUCAGAAACACGUGCAGUAAUGAAUUCAAGUAGAGUACGUACAAAACGUGGGAAAAUCGAUCAAGAGAUUAACAAUAUCACAAAACUCUUAUUCUGUAUCCUAGUACUUCUAGCUCUUAUCAUGGUUGCACUGAAAGGUUUCAGUGGAUCUUGGUAUAAAUAUUGGUGGCGUUUUGUUGUUUUAUUCUCUUACAUUAUUCCUCUGGCAUUGCGUGUUAAUAUGGAUUUGGCAAAAAUCGUAUACUCUUUUAUGAUAAUGCGCGACAAAUCCCUGCCAAACUGCCUUGUUCGUAAUACCAAUAUACCUGAAGAAUUGGGUCGUAUUUGUUAUUUAAUGUCAGAUAAAACUGGUACACUUACACAAAAUGAAAUGGUUUUUAAAAAGUUACAUUUAGGCAGUGUAGCUUUUGCAUCAGAUUCCAUGGAAGAGGUUGUCCAAGGAUUGCGUAAUCAUUUCACUGCUGGUCCCACAAUCGGUAAUUUAUCAGAUCAAUUAACUCGUCAAAUUCGUCGUACAACCAAUGAACGUAUGGCUGAUGCAGUAUUAGCCAUAGCUAUAUGCCAUAAUGUUACACCGAUGACAGAAACUUAUUCAAAUCCUGGAUCGAUUGAUGUACCAGGUGGAGGGAGUAAAGAAGCUAUGGCUAUGGUAGAAUUAUCUGAUCCAAUUGGUUAUCAAGCUAGUUCACCUGAUGAAGUAGCUCUUGUUUCAUGGACUGCAACUGUUGGUGUAACACUUGUGUUUCGUGACUUGCACAGAAUGCGAUUACGUCUACCUAAUGACUCUUUUGUUGAGUAUGAAAUCUUGAAUUUAUUUCCAUUUUCAUCGGAAUCUAAACGAAUGGGUAUUAUUGUACGUGAUUAUUCAUCCAAAAGAAUAAUAUUUUAUGUUAAAGGUGCAGAUACUGUUAUGAGUAGUCUUGUAUCCUAUGUGGAUUGGUUAGAAGAUGAAGCUGGUAAUUUGGCUAGAGAAGGAUUACGAACAUUGGUUGUCGCUUCGCGUACUUUAACUGAAGAACAAUACUCAGAUUUCGCACAACGAUACCAUAGCGCUAAAAUGUCUUUAACUGAUCGUGUCGAAAAAAUGCAGUCAGUUGUAGCAACUUUAGAAACAAAUUUAGAAGUUCUCUGUUUAACAGGAGUAGAAGAUAAACUUCAAGAUGGAGUUCGUCCUGCAUUAGAAGCAUUAAGAAAUGCUGGUAUACGUGUUUGGAUGUUGACUGGGGAUAAACUUGAAACAGCUGCAUGUAUCGCUAAAUCUUCUCGUUUAGUCAGUCGUGAUACACCUAUGUAUAUAUUUAAAUCAGUUAGUGGUCGAAUGGAAGCUCAUUUAGAAUUGAACGCUUUUCGUAAACGUUGUGAUCAUGCCUUAUUGUUAACUGGAACAUCAAUGGAAACAUGCUUAAGAUUUUAUGAACAUGAAUUUGUUGAAUUGGCAAGACAAUCACCGGCUGUAGUUGUAUGCCGUUGUUCACCGACACAGAAAACACAAAUUGUCACCUUAUUAAGAUAUCAUACGAAAGCAAGAGUAGCAGCUAUCGGUAAAGAAGGUCGACAGGCUAGUCUAGCAUCUGAUUUCAGUUUAGCACAAUUUAAACAUGUUACACAAUUGUUACUUGUUCAUGGAAGGAAUUGUUAUAAAAAUACUGCUGCAUUGGCCUUGUUUGUUAUUCAUCGAGGUUCCAUUAUCACAGUCAUGCAAGCGAUAUUUUCAGCCGUUUUCUAUUUUGUUGCAAUACCGUUAUUCCCAAGUUUUCUAUAUGUUGGUUAUGCCACAGUGUUCACUAUGUUCCCUGUAUUUUCAUUGGUGCUUGAUAAGGAUGUACCGGAUCGUAUUGCUCUAACUUACCCUGAAUUAUAUAAAACUUUACAGAAAGGUCGUGAAUUAACUUUUAAAACUUAUUUCAUCUGGCAGUUGAUUAGUGUUUAUCAAGGUAGUGUUAUCAUGUAUGGUGCAUUGUUACUUUUCGAAGAUGAAUUCAUUCAUGUAGUAGCUAUCACAUUUACAGCUUUAUUAUUAACAGAAUUACUUAUGGUAGCUAUUACUAUACGUACAUGGCAUCUUCUAAUGAUUUUAGCGGAAGUUAUCAGUUUAGCAAUUUAUAUAAUGGCUUUGAUUGUCAUGAAAGCAUAUUUUGAUUCAGUAUUUCUAAGAACAAUUGGAUUUGUUUGGAAAGUAUUAGCUAUCACUGGUGUCAGUUGUAUACCAAUAUUAAUAUUGAAAUUUAUUCAUUAUAAAUUUAGACCAUCAAUUUAUUCAAAACUACAAUAGAAUGUUAUGUUCUUCUGUUGAAUGAAUUCAUCCAUCCACAAACACACACACACACACAUCCAUUAAAUUCUCUAUCAAUGACAAAUGAACUAGAUUUUCACAAACUUUUUUUUUCUAAAAAGUCAUUCAUUUACUACUUAAAUUUUGUUAUUUUUUAUGUAACUUUUUUAUUUUUCAACUCAU